GAGGAUAAUUUGAUGACACUCCCUGCCACUGGUAAUUUGUCAUUAUAUCGACUCUCCAGCAGAGACCGCGCCUGCGCUCCUGCUCCCUUCCGAAGGCUUCACCAAUCCUGGCUCUGGCUCCAUCCCCGGCUCGGCGUCUCACAGGCCAGUGCUAAUAAGUCGCCUAGCUGUCCGGUAAUGGGGAAGUGUUAGGGAGCCGCUGCUGUCCAAAAGAAGCCGAGAGGAAGUUGAGGAGUGACGGGAAGCUGUGCGCUGCGCCGGACCGGACACCUCCAACAGAGACGCCUCCUACAGUUGCUGUUGUUGAGAAGCCUAAAAAAAAAAAAAGAAGAAGCGGAGAGUGAUGGAGAGAAAGCGUCCUGGCAUGCCGUCUGGAGCGAGGAUGCCCCAUCAGGGAGCUCCCAUGGGCCCCCCUGGCCCCCCAUACGGAGGGAGCCCGGCGGUGCGGCCCAGCCUGCCCACCCCGGUGAUGGAGCCCAGUCGUAAGAGGCCGGCCCCCUCCCAGCAGGUCCAGCAGCAGCAGCAGCAACAGCAGCAGCAGCAACAGGUCGUCCAGAACCGGACCAGAAAGAAGCCUGUCGGAUUCCCUGGAGCCAAUGAGAUGCCGGCGAGGCAGAUGGACAUGAGAGAGCCCCAAUCAGAUCCCACGCUCGGAUCAAAUGCUAAGAGAAGGAAAAUGGCAGACAAGAUUCUUCCGCAAAGGAUUCGUGAGCUGGUCCCGGAGUCUCAGGCCUACAUGGAUCUGCUGGCGUUUGAGCGCAAGCUGGACCAGACCAUCAUGCGUAAACGUGUGGACAUCCAGGAAGCACUGAAGAGGCCGAUGAAGCAGCAAAAGCGUAAACUGAGGCUUUACAUAUCCAACACCUUCAACCCUGCCAGACCCGACGCCGAUGACUCAGACGGCAGCAUUGCAUCGUGGGAGCUGCGAGUGGAGGGGAAGCUGCUGGAUGACCCGGGGAAGCAGAAGAAGAAGUUCUCUUCGUUUUUUAAGAGCCUGGUGAUCGAGCUGGACAAAGAUCUCUACGGCCCCGACAACCACCUGGUUGAGUGGCACCGCACGCCCACCACCCAGGAGACAGACGGCUUCCAGGUGAAGAGGCCCGGAGACGUGAGCGUGCGCUGCACUCUGCUGCUGAUGCUGGACUAUCAGCCUCCCCAGUUUAAGCUGGACCCUCGUCUGGCUCGCCUGCUCGGGAUCCACACUCAGACCCGCUCCUGCAUCAUCCAGGCCCUCUGGCAGUACGUCAAGACCAACAAGCUGCAGGACUCCCAUGACAAGGAGUACAUCAACUGUGACAAGUACUUCCAACAGAUCUUUGACUGCCCUCGGCUGAAGUUCUCUGAGAUCCCUCAACGCCUCACCAACCUCCUCCUGCCCCCUGACCCCAUCGUCAUCAACCACGUCAUCAGCGUGGAUCCGAACGACCAGAAGAAGACGGCAUGCUACGACAUCGACGUGGAGGUGGAGGACCCCCUGAAGAGCCAAAUGAGCAGCUUCCUCCUCUCGACUGCCAACCAGCAGGAGAUCGCCUCGCUCGACAACAAGAUCCAUGAGACCAUCGAGUCCAUCAACCAGCUGAAGAUCCAGAGGGACUUCAUGCUCAGUUUCUCCAGAGAUCCCAAAGGCUACAUCCAGGACUGGCUCAAAUCCCAGAGCCGAGACCUUAAGUUAAUGACCGAUGUUGUGGGGAACCCUGAAGAGGAGAGGAGGGCGGCUUUUUACCACGAGCCCUGGUCCCAGGAGGCCGUCAGCCGCUAUUUCUACUGCAAGAUCCAGCAAAGGAGACAGGAGCUGGAGCAGGCCUUAGCUGUCCGCAACACCUAAACCAAGGUCCUCCUGACACUCUGGAUUUCAGAGCUGAGUGUGCUUGUUUUUGGGAUGUGUGUGUGAGGCCAUCGCUGUCGUCCGGGGAAACCUUAUACCUCUGAAAAUGUUGGUUAGUCAAAAAAAAAAAAAAAGAAAAAAGAACAUUCGUCUCUCAGAGGUUUUGCAGUGUUUUGAAUAAAAGACGUUUUUUCUUGCAAUAGCAGCAGUGUGUUCGUAUGGAAGCUGGAUAUUGAUGCACAUUUAGUUCCUCAUUUUUGUGCAGGACGUCAUCAUCAUUAACCGCAUGUAUUUAAAGCGCCCGUAGAGGUGAAGCCCCUCCCCCCCCCCCCCCCAAGACCACAGGCAUCGCUACUCUCUGCUUUGUAAAUACGUCACAAGUAAAGUCAAGAUGAUCUCUGAGCCAGCUGCUCACACACACACACACACACACACACACACACACACACACACACACACACACACACACCGCUGUGUUUUCAGAGUGUGCACAUGAAUUAACAAGACAUCAAGGUCCACCCUCACAGCCCUCUGGACGCGUCUGCUUUCUAUUUUUUAAGGCGUGAAUAAUUUAAAGUGUGUUUUCAUUUGUUCUAAGAGUGUUUCCAUCAAACUGAUUAAUUACACCAGCAAGUCUAGAUUAAGUGAAACACGUUGGGUUAAAGGGAGCGAAAGGUUCUUUUCAGAUUCAAGCCUUCAAUGUGUCUCAUUUUAAUCUGAUUCUCCAGUAACAGUCUUUGUAAUGCAUCAGUAUAAGUCACCACAUGCACACAGCUCCAUGUGUGUUUAAGGAGCUUUAACAGAGGAUAACCCUGCGUCCAGUAUUGAUCAUUCAAAUAAUAAUAAUAGCUUUUUUUCCCUCCCUUAAUCAUGGCAAAAUGAUAAAUACAUGUCGGAACCUGUCUGUGUGUACUAUUUUGCCAGCUAAUGUCUUGAAGGUGUUACCAAAGGUCGCAACAAGAAGAAAUCACUGAAAUGCAGAAGAAGCGGGCAAAAAUAAUCCUCGCCUGGGUUUAAUGGAAACGUGCAAAAAUAUCCUCGUCUGACACAAGAAGUUUAUGGUGCAUUCAUGUGGUGUCGGAGACAUCGGGAAAAUUAGUAUCCGAGUUGUAAAAUGCACUUGAACACCUGCUCGAGUCGGAACAACAACUUGGCAACUCGGAGGCGAAUUAUGUGCCCGACUUGACAUCAGAAUUGUCAUCACAUGAGGGGCAAAAUACGUUUUCGACCUCCAAACUCGGAAACUUGGACCACCUGGCAGCACAUGAAUGCAGCAUUAAUCCCCAAGGUUUAGCCUUUGUAGCCAAUUAGGAAUCAAAGUCCUGGACAAACCCUGAAAGCGUUAAUGAAUUGAUGAUUUAAGCCCAGGUGAGGAGAGUUUUGUCCAUUUCCACUCUUUUACAUGAAGAAGAAAGUUUUAUUUUCUAGAGAUGUGAAUGUAAAUAUGUUUUUGUUUUUUUCUUCCCCUUGAGAGGGUCAACUGUACAGUAUACGACAGACUAUCUCUGUGUGUGUUUGUUUUUUGGGGGUGGGGGUGGGGUGGGAGGGUGUGAGUAACAUGGUGCAGUAUGGGAGCUCCAUGCGUUUCGCAUUAGUAGGGCAGGAAUGUUAGUGUUCCUCUGUGUACUAUCUCGGGUCAGGGUGGUUUAUUUUAGGUCCAUCCCGUCACUACCGUGGGAGCUGGAUGCUGCGACAAAGAAAGACUUUUAAUCCGAGUAGCAGUUACAGAUGAAAUAAUCUCCUUUCACACUUUUUUAAUGACCUUUAUGUAUAUGUUGUCAUGUCGGAGGGAGGAUUGUUUUUAUUUCAGCGGGCAGAUUUUGUUUUUCUUUGCACUGUGCUAAUACUUCAAUGGGGGUUUUCUUUCGUUUGGAGCGGCUGAGCGCCUCUUCAUUAUCCCAGCAUACACAAAAAGUGAUUGGAUGAUUUCACGAUGACCUAUGCAUGCUCCAUGGACAUUGAUUCACGCAUCCGAACAAGACCGCUUGUGUAAAUAAAAUAAAAAAGAUGGCAUAUUCGUCUCUGUGAUGAGCCGAAGACUCAUCGAAAUGCCUUCUGGAAACUUUUUUGCCAAAAAUGAUAUGCCCUACCAGCAACUAACUGUAGGUGUGAUUUUUCUGAACUGUGUUUUUGUUACUAAGUUAUAUUAACUGCACUCAUUAGAGGAGAAACAGUAGUCAUUGGUAGUAUCUUUAGUCCUGUGUCUAACCUAGAGGGGUUUGUCUUUGUACCACAGGGGCAUUCACAUUGUUGUCAUAAAGUCACUGAUUCACUAGCACCCUCUUGUGUAGGAAACUAGAAACUGCAACUCCUGGGUGAGCUCGAGCUUUGAGCACGAGAAUAUCUGAGAAAAUGAAAAACAGACUACUGCAUCUCCUGUUUCUAAAUCCUGACGUAUACUGUCCACAUGUUUGUCCCACUCCCUGCAUGUGUUGGUGAAGAGUGGGAGCCGCUCUUUGUCUCUGUUUACACUGUCGUCAGAGCAUCACAAACAGGGAGAUGAGGACAUGAUACUGUACUGUAUGUCUGUAGAGAGCAAAAUCCGCUUGGUUGAUUUCACUCUACAAGAAAAGAUGAAAAAAAAGGGAAAACAGCUGUGACAUUACAAGACAGCCUGGAUGUAAAUAAAGAAGCGCUUGCCAAAGUUUGUAAAUGCCA